AUGAUAAAAGAAUAUAAGUGUCCAAAUGAAUUGCGCUCAAUUGAGAAAUGUGCAUUUUCGAAUUGUAUUCAAUUAACUAAAUUUGAAUUCAAUGACAAAAUAGAAGCAAUUAAUAGCUGUACAUUCUUCAACACAUCAUUAAAGAAGAUCAAAAUUCCAAACAUUAUUACAGAUAUUAUCCCGGAUUCUUUCCUUUGUUCAAAUGAUAUACAAUUUGAAUUUGAAGAAGGCGGACAUCCUUUUUAUGAUGCUAUCAAUAAUUUGUUUAUCGAGAAAGAUACAAAAGUAUUAUUGUUCACUUAUGGAAAGAUUUCUGGAACAUAUAGAGUUCCAGAUAAUAUAGUAUUUAUGGACAUGCAAACAAUUUAUUCAGAUAGAUUUGUUACUCAUGAUGGAAUAGCCAUCAAAAAAGGACUUACAAAGUUAAUUGUUCCAGAGUCAUAUCAAGAUCAAUUUGUAGUUUAUGAUUAUAAUUCGUUGGAUAGUACACCAAUAUACAAGGAUCUUUAUGCGAAAUUUUACACUUUGUGUAGCGAUGCAGCACCAAAAAUUGAAAUCCCAUGGCAAAGAGCUGAUAAUAUUAAUUACUUUGCAACUGAUAAGUUUAUCCCAGGGUUUGCUGAUCAUUAUUUUACAGUUAAUUCUUGUAAUGAUAAUAAUGAUCGAAUUCAAAAAGAUAUUGUAUUUGAAGCUAAAGAUGGUAACUAUCCAAAGGGACUUAAAUAUACUGGUGAUAUAUAUCAACAAGGUGAAUAUUAUAUCUUAGAAUAUGAAAUUCAAAAAACUAAUUUUGUUAGAUAUCUACAAACAAAAUUAGAUUCAAAAGUUUUGAAUGGUAUUCAUGGAAAUCUAAUUAUAUAUCUUCUCUCUUUAAUAACGGUACUUUCAGUUAUUAUAGUAAUGCUAUCAGUUAUAUAUUUUAUUCAACUAAGAACAGAUAUUAAUUAUAUCUAA